CUUCCAUUUUGUGUCGGUACGUUUCCGGGUUUCCGAGAAGGCACCGAUAAAACGGUGUCAGCGGCGAGUAUGGCAAUGCUCGCAAGUCAGGAGUGCGGGUAAAGUUUUCCGUAGCUACCUGGAAACUAUUAAAAGUGACUCUCAAACGCUUCGUUUUCGCAAAGAAGUCUUGCAACGUAACUUACAGGCAGCCGGACUGCGCUGACACUGACAGCUGGGAAGUAAACAGCUCGAUGCUAACAAGCUAACUGCGGCUAGCUCCGCUGUAUAACCGCCGCGAGCCGAGCUAGGUAACUUUAACCGUCGACAGCGAGCUAACGUUAGCCGGCUAACCUGUUUUUUUUUUUUUUUGGUGGCGUUAAGUUACAUCACCAGGACUUGCCAGCACCCUAACCCAACCUACUGCACCGACGGAAGGAUUCGCCACAGCGGCACUUUCCAUUCAUGUUGUUUUGGAGGACGAGACUACUGUCUUUAGAUAUUUUAUUAUCUAUAGAUUAUUAUUAUUAUCAAACGUCCUGUUCUUCGAACCAGGGAGUUGGCGUGUGUCGUCUCAGCUGAGACGGUGAAGUCACCGGUCCUUUUCCCCCCACCCACUCACCGAGCGGUGCCAACAGAGGGACAGGAUGCCUAUUCCUCCCCCUCCCCCUCCUCCACCAGGACCCCCGCCUCCCCCCACCUUCCAUCAGGCGAACACGACUCCUCCCAAACUGAGUUCAUCUGGGAAUAAAGGGCGAGGAGCACUGCUCUCGGACAUCCACAAAGGGGCCAAACUAAAGAAGGUCACCGCGAUCAACGACCGGAGCAGUCCGAUUAUAGAGAAAGCAGGAGGUGGAGGAAGCGGAGGUGGAGGAAGCGGAGGAGGUGGUUUUGGAGGCGGAGCUCCAAUGGGAAUGGGAGGCCUUUUCCAAGGAGGUGUGCCAAAAUUACGCCCAGUUGGAGAUGGUCCAUCGGGCGGUACGGUGGGCAGAUCGGCCCUGCGGCCCCCAGGGUCCCGGCCCGCGGCCCCUCGCCCCAGGCCGCUCCCCGUCCCCCUCCCCGGCCAACAAGCCCUCUCCGCCGGAGCACCAGCGCUCCCACCGCCCAUCGCUGCCCGACAUCUCCCGCUCCUCCUCCUCCAGCAGCGGCGGCGGCGGCUCCUCGGCAGGCAGCGGGAUGAAGCACAGCACCUCCGCCCCCCCGCCCCCUUCAACCGAGGAGGCCGUAGCAACGCUCCUCCUACCCCGACUCAGAAGGCCCACGCUCCACCUUCCUCAUCCCACAGCAGAGAGAACGCUAGAGAGAAGCCCCUCCCACCGAUGCCCAGCAGAGGCCCGACCCCUCCCAGCUCCGUGAAGCCGCCUCCGUCUUCCAGCAGGCCGCAAACGGGUGGCUCCUCGGCUCCUCCCCCUCCUCCUCCCCCCUACAGGUCUCACGCAUCGGGCAACGUCUCCAACGGGGCGUCCAGCGUAGACGGGGCCGGGGCUCCGGAGCUGCCACAGAGGCACAACUCCCUGCACAAAAAACACACCUCGGGAGGAGGCAGCCAAGUACGAAGCCAAGCUCCUCCCCCUCCUCCCUCUCCCUCUCCCUCCUCCUCCUCCUCCCAGCAGGGCAGCAGACCCCCACCACCCGCCAGAGAGCCACCUGGACGCAGAACAGCCCCCCAGGUGCCGCCCUCCGUGUCUCGUAAUGGCAGUCGGGACGCCCCUCCUCCCCCUCCCCCGUACCGUGGCCACAGCUCCGCGGUGUCGGAGUCCCUCAGCCGAGUGGGUAAACCACCUCCACCUCUCUCCUCCUCUUCCUCCUCCGUCUCGUCAUCCUCCUCCACCCGAACCCCGGCUGGACCCCCUCCGCCGCCGCCGCCGAUCCGGAACGGCCACUCCUCCAUCUCCUCCUCCAAGUCCAUCGUAGAUGAUUUUGAAUCCAAGUUUAACUUCCACCCUAUUGAAGAUCUUCCACCUCCAGAGGAGUACAGGCAUUUCAACAAGAUCUACCCCAGCAAAAACAGCAAGGGCGUGAUGCGAGGAGCUCCUCCUGCCCCCCCGGUGGGGAGGUGAACGGACCCUCGGCUCAGGACUUUAACUCUCAGUCAGCCGACUCGAACCACGGACGGUUUGGCAGAGAGAGAGAGAGAGUGGUGAAGAAGCACUCAAAUCACACAACACACACACACUACACACACACACUAACACUAAAACCACCAGCUGGAAGCACAAAGUAAACACUACGACGGCACGCGGGCUCGACACGACUCGCCGAUCACCUUCUGUCUUUGCACGAGAGAACAAAUCAACCACUCGGAGGUCCGAACCGGGCGCUCUGACCUCCAAUCACCUCGACUUCCCCUCUGCUGCCGGGACGCAGAGGCUUCUGGUCAACAAACAUAUCAGGACCAAACUCCGAACACUUCCAAAAUCAUCUGUGCAUUCCACCUUUCUUUCCUUUUUUUUUUUUUUUUUUUUUU